AUGCCCUGUCGCAUCCAUCACAAUGGCCCAACCAAAGUCACCAAACGAUACUGGAACCCCGUCUCAACAGACUCCAAUGAGACUCAAACAUCAUAUUUCCGAGGCCGCAAGUUAAAAGGACGAGUAAUCAAGAUUGCGGAUGGUUACGAAGGCGUCGUCGCAGAAUCCACUGAUCGAUAUCUCCCACAACCCGCCAAUCAUACCUCUGUUCCCAGAUAUACUACCAUCGAUGAUGACAUUGAAAUUGAAGAGGCAGACCAAGAUGAUGAAGAUGAAGAUGACGAACCUCCCGAACCAGUCCGGCUGUUGCAACAGGCCUCGACAUUCAGCGAAGUCGUGGUUUGGGGUCACGAUGCUGUACCUGACGCAGAUGAUUCCUUUGUAAAAGGCGUCCAGGAUUGGAUUGCUUUUGCUCAAGCUUUACAUGGUCAUCCUGGUGCGGUUGAGAAGGCUGAUGAUGACGACGAGAAGAAGACGGAUGAAUCGGUGUGA